CAUUGCAUGAGGUAUGUCACGCCAGGAGAGCACUCUAUGUGACACAGGCCAGACGACAGCCGCCGGAAUCCAUGUCUAGGUCGGCAGCAGGUCUCCACUUGGCGAGAGAGCGACGAGCAUAAAGAUAUGCGGAGGGACAACGUAUGUUCCAUGGUAUUUACCUUUCACUCCUAAUCCUCUCCUCGUCUUGACCGACCAUGGGCACUCGUCAUCUCAUCCUCGUAUGGUACAAAGGCAAAUGGCACAUCGCACAGUACGGGCAGUGGGAUGGCUACCCAGGAGGCCAAGGCAUGACAGUCUUCAGGUUCCUCACCAACACCGACACAGCGAAGGAUAUCUGCAAGCGCCUCAACCUUACCGAUGACUGCGGACCAAGAUACCCGAUCAAAACGGAGCCAUACUCAACGGAGCCUGCACCAGCAAAGGAGAACAUCGCAGCUCUGAAGGCAGCGCUCGACAACGACAUACUGUUUUCACCGAGUCAAGAGGAGGUCGAUAUCAUCUGUGAAAAGGCGGAGGAAGUCGAAAGGGAAGCUCAAAAGCUGAGCGAGGCAUUGAGCAAGCAGAGCAACAGUGAAAAGGAUUCAGUCGUUCGAGACGCACUCAUACCGAGAUCAUUUUUCUUGAGUGAUGCACGUUUCAGGUCCCUGCUGUUCGUGGAGCCUUCGCUGGCGCGGGAUACGGGAGCGGGGAUCUUGUCGUAUGUCGCAUAUUCGAAGGAGAAGGUGCCGAUCCAGAUGGACGUUGAGUUCAUCAUGGACUCGAUGAUGUGCGAGUGGGCGUACGUGGUUGAUCUUGAUGCCGAGUUGCUGGAGGUCUACAAUGGAGGCAUCAGCUCUGAAGGGUACAUCGACGAAGGACCAAACAGGUUUGAUGAGGAGGAGUUCAUCAAGGGCGGGGAGUAUGGGAAGAAGAGGCCGAGACUACUUGUCAAGCUCGGCUUUGGAGAGCUGCUGGAUCUCGGUGAGGAGGACUUUGUGAAGAAAUGUGAGAUGGAGGCCGAAAGAGAGCCUAGGGAGGACGAAGUGGACGAAGUGGACCUGAACGCGGAAGUUCUGUAUGCGUAG